GUUUCACAAAAUAGUAUUUGACCACGCACGUGUUUUGACAAACGUUUUAAUUUUAACUCUGCCCCUCAGUGAAGCACACAAGCCGAGAGGUUGCAUUUAAAUUUUAUUAAAACUACAAAAAAAAAACGUUAAAAUUAUCAAAAUGACCGAGGAAGUAAACCCGAAAGCAUUCCCCUUGGCUGAUGCUCAGUUGACCGCCAAGAUAAUGAACUUGUUGCAGCAGGCUCUUAACUAUAACCAGCUGCGCAAGGGUGCCAAUGAAGCCACCAAGACCCUGAACCGUGGUUUGGCUGAUAUUGUUGUGCUAGCUGGCGACACGGAGCCAAUCGAGAUUCUGUUGCACUUGCCGCUGUUGUGCGAGGACAAGAACGUGCCGUAUGUUUUUGUGCGUUCCAAGCAGGCAUUGGGACGUGCAUGUGGCGUGUCCAGGCCCAUUGUUGCUUGCUCCGUGACCACAAACGAGGGUAGUCAGCUAAAAUCGCAGAUUACCUCCAUACAGCAGGAAAUUGAAAGGCUGUUAGUUUAAGUGAAGAUGUGACUCUUCAAUCGAAAUUCGUACAAAUAUGUAAACUGUAAAAUUAAUUAAAGCGUGUAUUUUGUAAUACAUAUUUCCUA